CGCCGGCGUGUCCACGGCGGCCUCAGCUCACACGCUGUGCAGCUGGUGCGGCCAGGGCUGGCCAAGGUGGGCAACCCGGAGCAUGGGCGCCCACUGCACCCACGCGGGCUGCGGCUCAGGCCACAGCUCGGCUAGACCUCAGGGUGCCUAGGCCCAGGGCUGCCUCCACCCCCUGAACUGUACCCGUGGCUGCCCCUGGAGCUGAUCUGCGGUGACAUGCCCGCCACCACCUCAGACCUCUACAGCUUCUGCAUCCUGGCCCAGGAGGUGUUCACUGGAAAGCUGCCCUGGGCUGGGAGAGAAGGGCCUGAGGUGAAGGCUAAGCUGGAGGCAGGUGAGAGCCCGGCCCUGGACCCCCUGGUGCCAGGCCUUUACCAGGCCCUGGUCCAAGCUGGGCUGGGCCUGGGGCCUGCUGACCGCCGGGGCAGCCUGCAGAAUGCCCGGUACCUGCUGCGGGAGGCCAUGGCCCAGGACUCGACUCCAGCGGAGUGGACCACACUGUCCUCGGCACCCCCGGGUUCUCCACCAGAGAAACUGUACUAUGAGGUGGCCCCUGGAGCCACAUCCACGCCUGGGCCCUCCGUGAUGCCCCCGGGCCCCCUCCCAGCCCAGGCCCCAGGGGCGCCUGAGGUCACGGGCCACAGCAGGGUCCAGAGGGCCACAACCUGGAACUCGGGCAGCAGUUUGACCCUAGGCAGCAGCCCCAGCCCGGGCUCCAGCCCUGGCCCCAGCCUCACAGCCCGGGCCAGCUUACACUCCUGCCUGGAGGCCCAUUCAGCAGAUGGAUCUGCUGGAGGAGAUCAUGGCAGAGCUGCAGAGCGGCUGCCAACUCAGAGGCAAGCUCAGCCCUGGCCCCUCUCCUGGCCUGGAUUCCCAUGGCUCCCUUUCUGCAGAUACUGCCUCUCAGAACCUUCCAGAAACAAGUAGUCAGUGACUUCCCCAAAGGAAAUAAAGCGAUAAAGUGGCC